AUGUCCUCCGAUCAGCCACGUCGCCGCUUCGACCCGACUCCCGUCGAGACAUCAUCCAAAUCGAAUCGUCAAGCUGCACAGUCUGAGGAGAAUGCUGCUCCACGAAGGUUCAAUAUUGAGCCAGCCGAGACCACAACACGGAGCAGCAAGGAUACCAACACAAAUAGCCCUUCCCCUCUUGCAGCAGCUCGCAGCAAGAUUCGCACCAGAACCCGUCGAGACCAGCGUGAGGAGCAGCAAAGACAAAAAGAUUCACCACCACAAUCCAUCAGAAGAUUCUCUCCUGAGCCUGUCGAGACGAGCACCAAGACCAAUCGACAAUUGGAUACAGCAGCAGAGCAGCCCAAGUCACGCCUCUUACCACAACCCAUCGAGAUGACGUCCAACAGCAACCGUCCAAAGUCAAAGUCCCCUCAAUCCAAGUCUCCUCAGACAAAUUCCCCACAGACAAAGUCUCCUCCGAACGAGGCAGUAUCUCCUUCAUCACAACCUCAAGACGCUCCUGUCGAGAAGCCAAAGCGUAAAUUCGCUCCUCAACUCAUCGAUACGUCGAGUCGUACCCGAAAGAACUCGGAUGAGAAACCCUCAUGGUCUGCAAAUCACAGAACCGACAUAUCCCCCGGGGAGGAGAGUAGAGUUGCAUACAACAACAUAGGUCAGCAGAUUACUAUCGCCAAUCGUGAAAGCACAACUUCACCAACCGAGUAUCCCCGGUUCGUCAUGCCGUUCGCACGCCGAAAAGAUCGAUCCGAUUCUGCUCGCAGCCAUUCGUUCCGCAUGCCCGAACUUGAGACCAUUGAGAGCUCUGAAAGCGAGCCCAGUGCGCCACCCAGUCUCUCUACAAGUCCCUCGUCCAACGACUUCUCGCUCGGAGCAGCCAUGGAGCCAAUCAACCCUGCAUACAAACAUGCCACAAGAAUUCGUGAGAGCGUCGACGAAACCUUUAGUCGUUACCUUCUCGAGCUUGAGGGUAGGAAGGCCCAGGCGAAGCUCCAGGAACAAGCGUUGGCUGCCUUCCCCAACUCAGACAUUCACGAACCUGUCGCACAUUUUAUGAACGGUGAGAGUGAAGAUGAAGACGAAGAGAUGGACGACCGCCCAGCGACGUGGGAAGGUCAUGAUGACGAUGAUUAUAUGAUGAACGUUCGUACACCGCAUGGCCGUGGCUCAACUCACGGAACGUACGAGGUUCGCGAAAUGCACCAACAUUUUGAGGAGAUGGAGCAAGAGCGCAAGGCUGCUGGUACAACGAGACGAAAGUCUUCCGUCAAACCCUCGCCAUGGUGGAACCCCGCUGGUCACGACUUUGCUGGCUCCAAUUACCCUGACAGCGAAGCAAGAGCAAUGCGCGAUAGAGCACGCCCGCCCAUGCUCGGUACCGAUUUGACAUUCCCUCGCUCUGCCUCGCCUGAACCUGCACGUUUUGACGUCACUCAAGGUUCCAAUCAGUUGCGUAGUCAGAUGUGUUAUUUGACUGAGCAGUCUCAAAUAGAAGUCUCGCCAGAAGGUCUCUGGGGUGGCAAGAAGGCAUCGGGAGAUGCUUCUCUACAUCAAAAGUCUGUACAGAAAAGCCAGCACACCAUCUACAGCCAGAAGAGUACUACCUCGCAGAACGGCGGUGGACUUUGGGGAGGCUUCUGUGUUGAUGAUGCGAAGCCUGACGAAAAUGGUCUUGCUCCUCCCACAUCUGGCACUCAGACCGGUUUGAUGACACCAGCUGUCGAGCCGCCGAAUCCGUUCGAAACUGGCUUCAGUCUACCGCCACAGACCAUACUACCCAAGACGCCUCUCACGCCACCGGAGAACAUGGAUUUCCAUAGUAUCGACAUCAUCUUGAGUGAAGAUCAAGAUCUCGACGAAGUCAUGGAGCGUGAGUUUCCUGACUCUUUCGUCACACAAGUCUACAACUACCUCUCACUGGGCUACCCAACCAUCGCCCGAGCAUUUGACGAAGAACUGUGUAAGAUCAGCCAUGUUCCCAUUUCGGAUCUUCGACACGACGACGAGAUUGCCAAAAACAUGCCUCGCGGGUACAUCCGUCUGGGCGAGGACUUUGAAGGCAGAGGCGAUGGUACAGAUCAAUUGCUUGAGGAGGGCGGCUGCGCAAGAUGGUCAGCGCUGAAAAAGUACAUUCGAGAAUGGGCACGCCAGGAAAAGAACAUGGUCAAGACUGGCUCAACAGGCACUGGUCUUGGUGGAAAUUGGGGCACUGGAGCUAGAAGGGGCAGUUGGGCAUGGUAG